AUUCCAUCGAGCCUAUUUCAUUUCAGUCCGCCGCUCAGAUCACAGACGGGACAAGGAGAGCAAUUCAGCGCUGCUUUUUUGUCCAAGUCCCCCCCACAAAAAAGCCUAAAGUGAAAAUGGUAAAGUACAUGCGACAGCACAGCGAGCUGAAACUCGAAGAGGUUCUGUCGGAGUCUGAUGCGUCCAUGGACCAGCAGGAUUUUGGAGAAUUGUCCGACUAUUCUUUCAGCGACGUUUUAUACUCCAAAUGUUCCGCAAUGGACCAAAUCGGCACUUUCAUGAAGAACGUGCAAGUGCUGCUCGAUGCAGCAAAUUACAUAGAAAAUGUCGAGAAGAACAACGGAAAAUGUGAGCAUGGUUAUGCUUCAACCUACCCAGACACCGAGACUGCACAUCAACAGAAACAGCGUAAAUUCAAGAACAGGAAGUUGGACAAUAUACACAAUAGGUCAGCACACAAUGAACUGGAAAAAAAUAGACGAGCACAUCUCCGCCUGUGUUUGGAGAGGUUGAAGUCCCUCAUCCCUCUGGGGGCAGACUGCAGUCGGCACACCACACUAGGACUGCUUAACAAGGCCCAAGUACACAUCAAGAAACUUGAAGAGACGGACCGGAGGAGUUUGCACCAGCUAGAGAACUUGGAGAGGGAGCAGAGGCACCUGCAGAGGCAGCUCUCCCAGCUGCAGCCUCAUGGAGACUGGGAGAGGGUCCGUAAAGACAGCCUGGGCUCCCGCAUGGACUUUGACCGCUUAGAGUCUGACAGAGAAGAAAUUGAAGUUGAUGUUGAAAGCACUGAGUUCUCCCAUGGAGAAAUGGACAGUGUGAGCACCAGUGGGGCGAGCGACCUGGAUGACCACAGCAGCCGGCAGAGCACGGCCAGUGACGAGGGCUACUCCACAUGCAGUCUAAAACUGGCCUUCUCUGCGUAAAGCACCAGCCUAUAUGUUCACAUCAGCUGCAGUCUUUUAUGGCUUUCACCUUUCAAAGUACCAGCCAAAAGCUCCACUCUUUUCUGCAGUUUAGGUUAGCUGUCAUCAGAAGAACAACCCGUCUCAAUCCCACUUAUACCUGACAAAUCCAACAUCUACACCCAAUGAACCAGCCUUAAGGUCAACUCAGUCUAAACGCUGAAAACGUCUCCUUCCAAAAGACCUGUUAGAGGUGCUCUUCUACAUCUGUCUGAAACAUGUAACACUAUCGCCUCAAAUGUAACUUCGUAGGCCUAUAAUACAGUAUCCUCAGUUUAAGACUGACCCCUCGCCUGAAUGUCCCUUAACCGAUUACCAGCUUGAAAUUAACCAUACCUGCAAGACCCAUUACCCGUACCAGUGUCCACCACUGAAGAGGAAACUCUACCUUUAGCCAAGAUGACUCUCUCAAACCAGCAAAAAAACUAAAACCCCAAUACCAGCUAGAAGUUCACCAUUGGGAACGUUUGCUCCAUUUGCCUUGUAAAAACAUUGCCCCUAUUCUUAGGAUAAUAUAUCCAGACAGCACUUCUUGUCAGUGUACAAGCCAGUGGCAGGGGCUACGAUGUCUGCAUUCCAAAAUGUUUAUAACACUACUAUAACCUCUGCUUUAGGAGCCACAACCACCACUGAUCCAAGUGGCGUCCCCUUUUUGACUGAAAUGCAGUCGUAUUCAAACUGGUGGUGUAGUCCACUUUUGUUAUUCUAAUUUAUUUUUACAUUAUAGUAUGAUUAUAGUAUUUAUUUUUGGUAUAUUUAAAUUUGACUUUAGCUAAGUCUUGGUGUUGCUUGAAUGUUUAAUGUCUUAUUUUUUUUAAAUGUUUACCAAAUUACAUGACGUAAAUGAUUAACCCCUACAGAAGCAAACGCAGUGCUAAAGGUUAAAUGCAUUGCUCAAGGUCUUGUCUUCUUUUACACUUUGCACAAAUUCUCUUGUAUUUAGACAGCAAUAAUCUAUCCCACAAUUGUCCAAGCACAAGGCUUAAAGCAUAUAUUUUCAUCAUAUAUUAAAUGUUGGUUAUGAUUAGCACUCUGUCCAUCCAACACCAAAUUGCAGUUUGCUUGUUUUUCCACUGACUCCAGUAGUAUCAGUUUUAAUAUUCAGCAGUAACACGAUUGUAAUUGAUUUAAAAAAAACUAUGGGGCAUGUGUAUUGAAUGUAGCUUGUCUAAUCAUGUUAUGUGCUUUGGUUUGACAAGUCUUUACAAAUAUCUGUAGCAUGAACAACAAACACUACAGGACACUAAUUUUGGUUCAUACUUCAAUGUUUAAUACCGUUUCUUUUGUUGUAUUCUAGCAGAAAACGAUCACAUACUUAACAUUUGGAGAUUUCGAAUUAAUAAGUCAAUGUCUAUUUUACAUACUAUUGCACUGCUGACCUGUUAGAAUCCAUGAAACCAAAUAAGGCAUUUCAAUAUGACCAUUUAUCUGCAUUUGUUUUGGUCCAAGUCCUAAGGAGAUCACCACCAAAUUGUGUCUUAACAUGGGUAUUGCACAAAGUUCCUUGUUCCAGGUCUUUUUCCUCCCCAACCAGUUUGGGAAACUAUCAAAUGCACUAUGAAAAAGACUGUUGCUAAGGAUAUGUCAAAGCACAUCCCAGAAUGUUUUCUCCCGUGUUUAAUCAGCCAUCCAAGGUGACAUUUUGCAAAACAUGCUGCUGGUCCCCUGCUAGUACGAUGUUACAGACCCUGAAUACUGUCCCUGGAAUCGUAAUAAACCUCUACCACCCAGACAUAAA